UAUAGCAACAGUAAUCUUUUUCGGAUUUAAAGUUGGUUCGUAAAUAGAGUUUAAGAAAUGGCCGGGAAAGGUGAAGGUCCGGCGAUCGGAAUCGACCUAGGUACAACAUACUCGUGCGUCGGAGUAUGGCAGCACGACCGAGUCGAGAUCAUCGCGAAUGAUCAAGGCAACAGAACGACUCCAUCUUACGUUGCGUUUACGGAUUCCGAGCGUCUAAUUGGUGAUGCUGCGAAGAAUCAGGUCGCCAUGAAUCCAAUGAACACCGUCUUCGAUGCAAAACGGCUAAUCGGUCGGAGAUACAGUGACGCAUCUGUGCAGGACGACAUGAAGCUAUGGCCAUUCAAGGUCACAUCUGGUCCUGCAGAAAAGCCCUUGAUCGGAGUCGAUUACAAAGGAGAGAACAAACAAUUUGCAGCUGAAGAGAUAUCUUCCAUGGUGCUCAUCAAGAUGCGUGAAAUCGCUGAAGCUUUUAUUGGAUCAACAGUCAAAAACGCCGUCGUUACAGUCCCUGCAUAUUUCAACGAUUCCCAACGCCAAGCCACCAAAGACGCCGGCGUUAUCGCGGGUCUAAACGUGAUGCGUAUCAUCAACGAACCCACCGCUGCCGCCAUUGCUUAUGGUCUAGACAAGAAAGCCGGUAGUGUUGGUGAAAAGAAUGUUCUUAUCUUUGACCUUGGUGGUGGAACUUUCGAUGUCUCUGUUCUUACAAUCGAAGAGGGAAUCUUCGAAGUGAAGUCCACCGCCGGUGAUACACAUCUCGGCGGCGAAGACUUUGACAACAGAAUGGUGAAUCACUUUGUUCAGGAGUUUAAGCGAAAACACAAAAAGGACAUCACCGGAAAUCCAAGAGCUUUGAGGAGACUAAGAACAGCAUGCGAGAGGGCUAAAAGAACUCUUUCGUCCACUGCUCAAACAACAAUCGAGAUCGAUUCAUUAUACGAAGGUGUCGACUUCUACACCACCAUAACUCGAGCAAGAUUCGAAGAACUGAACAUGGAUCUCUUCAGAAAAUGCAUGGAUCCCGUUGAAAAAUGUCUCCGAGAUGCUAAAAUGGACAAACGAUCCGUUCACGAUAUCGUCCUCGUCGGUGGGUCUACACGUAUCCCAAAAGUACAAAACCUGCUACAAGACUUCUUCAACGGAAAAGAGCUCUGCAAAAGCAUCAACCCCGAUGAAGCCGUCGCGUACGGCGCUGCAGUUCAGGCUGCCAUCCUCAGCGGCGAAGGAAACGAAAAGGUACAAGAUCUCCUACUCUUAGACGUCACUCCUCUCUCUCUCGGACUCGAAACCGCCGGCGGAGUCAUGACGGUGCUAAUCCCGAGAAACACCACGAUUCCGACGAAGAAGGAGCAGGUUUUCUCAACCUACUCCGAUAACCAGCCUGGCGUUUUGAUUCAAGUCUACGAAGGAGAAAGAACACGAACAAGGGACAACAAUUUACUAGGAAAAUUCGAACUUUCCGGCAUCCCUCCGGCGCCGAGAGGUGUUCCCCAGAUUACAGUCUGUUUCGACAUCGACGCGAAUGGGAUAUUAAACGUUUCCGCUGAAGAUAAAGUCGGUGGGAAGAAGAACAAGAUCACGAUUACGAACGACAAAGGAAGAUUAUCGAAGGAAGAUAUUGAAAAAAUGGUGCAGGAGGCGGAGAAGUACAAGGCGGAGGACGAAGAACAUAAGAAAAAAGUGGAGGCGAAGAACACUUUGGAGAACUACGCGUAUAAUAUGAGGAACACGAUAAGUGAUGAGAAAGUGUCGGCGAAGAUCGCCGCCGGAGAUAAGAAGAAAGUGGAGGAUGCGAUUGAGCAAACGAUUAAUUGGUUGGAUGCGAACCAGUUGGGUGAAGUGGAUGAAUUUGAGGAUAAAAUGAAGGAAUUAGAAGGGAUUUGUAAUCCGAUUAUUGCUAAGAUGUAUCAGGCCGGUGGUGUUCCUGAUGCGGCGGCCGCCGGUAAUGCAGGAGCUGCUCCGGCUGGUGGUGGCGGUGCUGGACCCAAGAUUGAGGAAGUUGAUUAA